AAUGCAAAGUACCCUGCAGAGGCUUUCUUUCUCUUUUAUACUUUUUAAGCCUUCUACCUCCACCUCCCAGGGCUUCUUGAGGCUCAGCCCUAACAGUACUUCCCCCUUCUCUUGUCCUCAACCUAGCCCACCCCCCCACAGCCCACCACACAGCACUUCCUCAGGUUCUGUUCCUGCACUUUGCAUUGAUCCGUUGUGCCUGGCAAUAAAGUAUCUUGUCUACACCUUUUUGUGUCUGCGGUUGUGACAGUCAGACUAAGCAAGCUUUUGUGGCUAAAUCCUGGCUUUACCUAAGGCUGCCACAGAGCCCCUCCCCCACAGAACCCUCUUAAGCCCCUGUUAUUGCCCGAUUCACUUUCCGCUCCGCGGGCAGUGAUGAUGUUGUUUAUAUGUUAUGUCUGACUGCAUUCACAUUUACGAUCAUCUUGGGUCCCCAGGGGUUGUUUAUCAUGCACCUGUGUGUGUCUUGCACACAGCUGCAGGUGGCUCUACCCAGUCCUUGCCGUUUCCGGGUGCGGGUGUCAACCCUGGCCAGACUAACUGGUAACCUCAACAGCAGACAGCUGCGACUCCGGGCACCAGUUCUGACUGCGGCUCCGCUCACCGUAAGACGGGUUCUUUCGCCACCUCCGGGCCACGCGACUGCCCCAAAGCUUGCCCAACACCCGGGAUCCCCAUAACUGAAGAACUGCAUUCCAUUCUGCGCCGCCUGCCCGAGGAACUACACUUCCCAGCAGGGGCCAGGGCGGCUACGUCCUCUCCCAGCGUGCUCUGAGGUUCGGCAGGACGCUGUGAUUUACCCAUUAGUGGCUGCAGCCUCCUUUGAGCCUCAGCCAGAGCAGGUGUGGAAGCCCAUGGAGGGAAAGCGUUAGUGAGCAAGACAGCCGCCCUGCCUCCCAGCUUCAGCCUCCGGUAGGUACCCUGUCCUUGCCAGCACUUUGGAUGGGAAACGGGGGCUGUGUCUAGCCUGUUGUCUCCUUCCCUCUACAGGGGCCGCCAUUCCUCCUUCAGAAUGCCGGAGGGCCCAGAGCUGCACCUUGCCAGCUGUUUUGUAAAUGAGACGUGUAAGGGGCUCGUAUUUGGCGGCUGUGUGGAGAAGUCCUCUGUCAGCCGCAACCCCGAGGUGCCCUUUGAGAGCAGUGCCUACCAUAUCUCAGCCUUAGCCCGAGGCAAGGAGCUGCGCCUGACCUUGAGCCCCCUGCCUGGUGCCCAGCCCCCUCAGAAGCCACUGUCCCUUGUCUUCCGCUUUGGUAUGUCUGGAUCCUUCCAGCUGGCACCUGCAGAUGCCCUGCCGCCCCAUGCCCAUCUACGUUUUUACACGGCCCCACCCGCCCCCCGGCUUGCCCUUUGCUUCGUGGACAUCCGACGCUUUGGCCACUGGGACCCUGGGGGUGAAUGGCAGCCAGGCCGUGGACCCUGUGUCUUGCUGGAGUAUGAACGGUUCAGGGAUAACGUACUUCGGAACCUGUCAAACAAAGCCUUUGACCGGCCCAUCUGCGAGGCCUUGUUGGACCAGAGAUUCUUCAAUGGCAUUGGCAACUAUCUUCGGGCAGAGAUCUUGUACCGGCUGAAGAUCCCCCCUUUCGAGAAGGCCCGGACAGUUCUAGAGGCCCUGCAGCAGUCCCGGCUGAGCCCAGAGCUGACCCUGAGCCAGAAGAUCAAGGUCAAACUGCAGAACCCAGACCUGCUGGAACUGUGUCACUUGGUGCCCAAGGAAGUGGUUCAGCUGGGGGGCAAAGGCUACGGGCCAGACCGUGGAGAGGAGGAUUUUGCUGCCUUUCGAGCCUGGCUGCAGUGCUAUGGCGUGCCAGGCAUGAGUUCCCUGCGAGACCGGCAUGGCCGUACCAUCUGGUUCCAGGGUGAUCCCGGACCCUUGGCACCCAAAGGGGGCAGGUCCCGAAAAAAGAAGCCACGGGAGACUCAGCCGGGGGCUGGAGACACAGAAGAGGACCAUCCGCUCUCAGGCAAGCCCAUUUCCAGGACUCGGAGGGCCAGGAAACACCCUCCUAAGAGUAUAGCUCAACAGUCUGAAGGGACCAGCCUCCAACGAAACCAGGAAACCCCCACAGCCCCCAAGAAAGGAAAGAGAAGGGGGCGACCGGAAACCGCAGGUGGCCCUGCCUCCCCUGCUCUGCCCAAAGGUGGCCGCAGACCCAGGAAGAGCAAGGCUGAUACCUGACCCCUGGAGGCUGGGGGAACUUCAGCCUCCUAGAGGGAGGUUUCCUUUCUUGGUCCUUCCUUCCCUGCUGCCUUGCUGUGAAUCUAGGGGUGUCUGAAUCCCUGGAGGCUGUGUUGGUAGGGCGGUGUGCCCUAGGCCCUGUGACUUGUCCUGCACAACCUUUUUGAAGCAGGGUCUCAUAUAUCCUAGGCUGGCCUUGAGCUCAUGUGUACCUGAGGAUGACAAUGAACUCCUGAUUGAUCUUCCUGCCUUCAUUUGCAUAAUUGCUGGGAUUACAGGUGUGAGCCACACAUACCCUGCUGAUUUUUGUUGUCUUUUCAAGACAGGGUUUCUCUUUGUAGCCCUGGCUAUCCUGGAACUUGAUCUGUAGACCAGGCUGGCCUUGAACUCAGAGAUCUGCCUGCCUCUGCCUCCUGAGUGCUGGGAUUAAAGGCGUGGGCCACCACC